AUGACAACUAUCCGGUCUCGCAAAUCACAUUCUUCAUGUAAACAUGUUUGCAGUAAAUGUCGUUUACGUGAUACAGAAAAUUUAUCUCUUGAUACAAGUCAUUUAUCUAUACCUAUGACAGAUACAAAUCCAAAUCCAACUAGAAUUUCAUAUGAAAAUACACCAUCACCAUCAUCGAAUGGAUCAACAAGUACAAUUGAACAAUCAUCUAAAUAUGGUCAUCGAAUAUUAUCAUCAACUUUAAAAAAUGAUCAUUCCAAUAUUUCUAUUAAACGUCGUUCUCGUUGUGAUAAACUUUUUCAUUAUACACAAAUGAUUAAUCGACAAUAUAUGAUAACAAUGACAAAAAUUUUAUUUCAAAUGCAAAAGGAAGUUUAUAAAUUAAAACGACGUACACAUCAUGUUGAACAAUUAGUUAUUAAACAAACAAAAAAAGUUCAACCAAUUAUUCGUAUUCCUCGUUUAACAAAAGAUCAACUUUCAACAAUUUGUAUUAAUAAUAAUGAAGAAAUUUUACAACAUACUUUAGAAAAAUCUGAUAAUAAUAAUAAUAAUAUUAAAAUUAUAGAAAAUAUAAAACCAAAUACAACAAAAAGUCUUAAACGUUUGAAAGAUAAACAUAAACAUACAAAGAGUGUAUUAGCUCUAUCAAAAAGAUCUCAACCAACUAUUUGGAUAAACAAUCGACAAAAACCUAUUGAUCCAAAUAAAUAUUGUUCAUUUUGUCGACAUGAAUUUUCAAAACGAUCAAAUUUCUUAAUACAUGUUAGAAAUAUUCAUAAAGGAAUUUUACCCCCACUAAUCAAUGAACAAGAUCAAUCAUUAUUAGAAAUGAAUGAAGAACAUAUGGAAAAAAAAUUUAAUGAACCUACAGACAAUUCUUCGUGUGAAGCAACAAAUGAUCAAACAAACUCAUCACAGAUUGUUGUUGAUCAAUGGGAUAUUAGUGAUAGUAGAUUACGUCCACGAACAGGUGCUAAAACAAUUCAUGAACCUCCACCAAUACAUGCUAAAGUUAAAUGUGAUAUUUGUAAUAAAUUUUAUCGUGAAAAUUAUUUGAAGUUACAUAAAAGACGUGCUCAUCCCGAUCAGGAAAUGUUAUCAUUAUCAUCAAGUGAAAUAAACAAUAAUUUUGAUCAUUGUGAUUCAGUUUCUGAUAAACAAAUUGAUCAAUGUGAUUUAUUAAAAAAUAAUCCUACAUUAAUAAGUGGGUUAGAUAUUCAAAAUGCAAAUACACCAGCUGCAAUAACAAUAGCUGAAAUGGAUACUGAUGAUGUACCCAUUCGCUUCUGUGCCGAUUCUAAUAGAACGAUUGUUCUUGCUGUAACAUGUCUUGAAAGUUAUCAAUUAGAUUUAGUUGAACAAUUUGUAGAAAAAUUUUCAUCACAUGUUUGUCAAACAACAUCAAUCGAUUGUCGAACAACACACUUACUAACGAAUGAUGAUAAACAUUCAUUACGUUCACCAUUAUCAAUGAAAUUAAUUGAAGCUAUAGCUCAUCAUUGUUUUUGUGUAUCAUAUCGUUGGAUUAUUGAUUGUCUUAAAUAUGAUCGAAUUAUUGAUGAAACACCAUAUGAAAUUGAAGGUGAUGAUACUGAUAUUCAGCCACAUGGUGGUCCACGCCGUUCACGUUUAAUACAAAGUCAACAUUCACUUUUUCAAAAUAUAUGUUUUAUGAUAAAAUGUACAGAAAAUCCUGAUAUAAGAAUGACAAAUGAACGUUUAGAAGAUUUAAUAACAACAUGCGGUGGUCAAAUAAUAACAUGCGUUACACAACGUUUACUUGACAAAUAUCAAAUAAUUGUUCUUUGUGAUAUGUUAUAUGUAUCUGAACGACGUCAUAAUUAUGAUCAAUGUCGUUCAUUAGGCAUACAUUUUGUAUCAUCUGAUUGGGUACUUGAAUCUAUACUUGAAUAUCGUCAAAAACCAUUUUCAUUAUUUGAAGAAGUGCCAUUGUGA